AUGACUCUGCCCUUCCCACCUCAGACCCCUGGGGAGCCAGGGGCCCCUGUGCUGCCCCUGCUGCAGGCCCCCGAUAUUGUCCUGCUGCUGCCUCUGGGAACAAGCCGGCAAGACCCAGGGGGCCAAAGCCUCUUUGGGUGACUGCAAAGGACGUAGGUGCUGGAGAGGGAACAGGGUGCCCUGUGGCAGGGGUUAGAGCUGCUGGAGCACAGCCAGGCCUGGUUUGAGGGCCAGCAGGAGGCACAGCAGCAGCAGCUGUGUCUGGGGGCUCUUGGUGAGAAUUUUCUAACAGAUUUGUACUCAGAACCUGGUGUCCCAUUAGCUAGUAUUCAAAAGGUGAACAUCUGUUUGCAGUAUCUGAUUCAGGAACAGGUGAUUUUAUUUUUUCAGCUGAAACUCUCUCCCCAUGACUGGAAGGGAAGGCCAAAGACACAGAAUUUGGGGCAGCAACAGGCAUUGUCCAGACAGCAGAAAGGAGUCAUUCAGCCAAAAGAAAUGGUUCAGCCAGAUUGCCCCAAGGGGUGGAGGGGCCCUACCAGGGUCUAAGGCCCUUUCUUGUUCCCCUCAGUUGGCAAUGGGAGACACUGUGUUAGAACCCCCAGUUUCACGCUGCUGCUUCUGGACUCAACAGCUAAAUGUCUCCACAUGGUAGGUCAACCCAAGUCCAGACACCUUGGCACACGGUUUCCUUCUCAGCUAAUGAAAAUUUCCAUUUCAUCUUCUCAGUGUCUGGUGCCCCCAAUUCUCUCCUAUUUGAUUUUUUUUUUAAAUCUCUGGGAGAAGACUAGUGAAAUUGUCCUUCAACUUUAAAUAUAAAAAUAGGAGCCUCUCCAGAAUUUCAAAUAAAAACAGUUCU